GCUCACAUUAUAGAGUUAUAAAUUCGAUAAAUAAUUUAUUUAUAAUGCCAAAGAUUUAGAUAUAUGCAAUAUAAGUUCAAGAAUUUUUAAAAUAAACCUCAUAUGCUUACGUUUUACUAAAAACGAAAAUGAAUGAAAAGGUCCGCACUAAGGACGAUGGCAAGAAACGGAGACGUCAAACAAUUAAUAAGCCUAACAACUAUUGUACAAAAAAUUACUAUAUUUAAAAAUAUUAAAUUUAGCUAAUGGAAUAAAACAUAUGUUUAAACUGAACAACUACAUGUAACAAGUUUAUCUAUUUAGUUGUGCCUAUAGACAUAGUUACAGUAAACAACAACACUAUAAAAUAAGAACGGAGGAAAUAUAUCUCAUAAAUUAGAGAAAAUGCAGCACACGGCCAAGACUCAGCGGGACCUAUGGAAGAUUUGCUCUAAAAUUCGAAAUGUUGUAAAUCGAAUAAAAUUUAAUUUUUGGGAAUAUUAUUUAAUAUAUGAUCCAAAGAACACCGGUUUUAUAUCAAAAUCUCAGUUCGAAAAUGUACUAUCGGGACCUUUGAAAACUACAAUCGAUUUAAAUUAUGAAGAAAUCCAAUUAUUGGUUUUACGUUUUUGUGAAUCACAAGAUCACGUGCGAUACGGAGAAUUUUGUCAAAUGGUCCACGAAUCCGGUCCAAAUGAAGAGUCACAGAGCGACAAUAGAAACAAUGAAACAUCAAAAUACACCGAAAAAGAUAUACCUCGAUUAAUAGCAAUGAAAAAGAUUGCUAACGAUUUAAAACUACGAAGUAUUGAAUUAGAACCUUAUUUUGACGAUUACGAACAGGAAUCACAAGAAAAUAAAUCAACAGAAAGUAAGUCUAGAAAAUACACUAACAAAAACGUAUUUCAUCCAGUAUUGGAACAUAAGACAAACAAAAAAGAUAAUGUCAUAACAGUCUUGAGGAAUGUUCAAAAACAUGUACUUCAAAAUCAAAUUAAUAUCGGACAAUUUUUUAAACCAUUUGAUCCAUACAACAAGGGAUUUGUUACUGAAGAUCAGUUUCGCAGAUGUUUAGACUCAAUUGGGGUUAGCUCAUUACAUCGUUUAUAUUAUUCGGAACCAGAACUUGCCUUACUAUUGCUCAUGUUCAAGGAUGAAGAGCAUCCAGAAAAUAUAAGGUGGAGAAAGUUUGAAGACGAAAUUAACACAGGUAAAUUCCAUGUAGUAGCUAAUAAAAUUAUUAUUUUAUAUACCUUAAUAAUUAACAAGUUAAUACAACUAAUAAUAUGUUAAAUACCUGUUAUCUUU